AUCGUCGGACUUGAGAGAUUAACUUCAGGGGGAAGAAAAGAGACAAAUCAUCGUUGGUCUCCUUAUCUCCACUGCAGAAUUUUUCGAUGCAACCUCAGUUAUUUUUAUUAAUCCGAACCAAAGUUAAUUAGCAAUCAGAUUAUCCGCUACACGAGGCAACAACCUCCACCAUCAGCCCAUACGAUGCAAGCCAAAUGUCAAGCCCACAGCUUCGGUACUCUGCGGGAUCUCACUCGUUGUCACUCAGUAUCCACCGCAACCAGACUUUCAAAGUCAUUGUUGGAGCUGAUUUGACACAAGGCCCAUUUCUGGGCAGUGCGAGCCAUUAUCAGAACGUGGUUAAAGUUCUAUAACGGAGGCAAUUUUUCUCUUAUUAGUGUUUGCGUCCUUCAUUCACCAUGAAACAACUCGGUUUGCCUUUGUUGGAUGGACACGACACGCCUACCUUUAAGAUGGCACGCACGUCCCGCUGAGUGAGGCCCAAUCCUGCUUUCUGUGGAUCAUUCUCCAUGGGCAUUCCCGACGACAUUCUCCUCGCGGAUGCCGCGGGGAAGAUCCCUUCUGGGAUGUCGCUCGAGUACCUCGCCGAGUCGCGCGAUCGCCCGACCAUUGUGGCCAUCAUAUUCCUGGUAUGCUUCACCGGGGUGAUCAUGAUAGUGCGGCUCUACGCACGGAUAUGGCUUGUCAAGAAACUCGGCCUCGACGAUGCUUUGGCCAUUCUCACGAUGAUGAUCUACAUCCCCUUUGUCGUUCUGUCUCUCGUUCUAAUUUAUUUGGGGAGUGGUCGCCAUAUGGAUUACAUUCAGUAUGUCCUGGCGAUGCCCACGGUGCGUCAGACUGAGAUUCUAGAUUUCGUUGCGCACAUCCUCUACACCACUGCUCUGUUCUUUUGUCGAUUAUCGGGGUUGGCUUUCUACCACCGCCUGGCUGCACGCUCCAGCAAACUACACCUUGUGAUCAAGAUUGCAGCCGGCUUCCUAUUCGCCGCAUAUCUUCCCCAGCUGUUUCUAUUGAUAUUCCACUGUCGACCUGUAACAGGCCUAUGGCCCUACCCCUGGCAGGAAGAACCAAUCAGCUAUAACUGUCUUACUUGGGGUCUGGUCUACUCCGUCAACUCCGGCGUUUCAUUGACCUGCGAUGUGCUCAUGUUUAUCAUCCCGACGAUCCUUAUCAAGAAACUCCACGUCUCCCUCAAAAGGAAGGCCCAACUCUCUCUCGUUAUGUUUCCAGGUGUUCUUGUCAUUGUCAUUUCCGCCGUCCGGGUUUACUUUGUCGCAGUGGGCCAAUGGGCUGAUGACGGUAGUUGGGCCUACAAUCCCAUGAUGGGCAUCGAGAAUGCCGAGAUUGCAGGCACCUUGAUCGCGCUGUCUGUUCCGGCUUUGAAGCCAGUAUUUGGGAACAUCUUCACUCAUCUGACCGAGUAUACGGUUUCGACGCGCAACCGGUCUAAUAUGAAAAGUCAAUCGAAGCCUACAUCCGGGUUAAAGUCUAGGGCUAGAGACAGUAAGCGCCUACUAUCUUGGUCCAAGAACGGGUAUGAAGACUAUGAGAUGAUGGGCUCGGAGACUAAUAUCCCCCCAAGUGGCCCGGGACAGUCAUCGCCUAAAAGUAUCGGAGUGACCACCGAAGUCUCCAUAUUCCAUGGACAACAGGAGGCGGACCAGAGACAUAUCGUGUAGAGAAAGUAAUACAUGCUGUACGACA